AUCUGUAUAUGUGCCGUAUUCUACUUGCAUUUAUUAAGAUCUGUGCAUGUAAGUGGUUAAUGGUUCUGGCAAGUAGCUGAGUGCCUAAAGUGCUUCGCUUGCAGGUUAUGAAAUACUGCAUUACUGCCCUGAUGUGACUUCCCUUCGAAGUUCAAAGGUUGCUGCAGGCCAGUGAAUGCCAAGCAGGGCUGCAGCGUGACUAAGCGAUGGAGCCAGUCUCUUUCCCACCACUGUCCAGCAUUGCCAUUUGUGGCGGCACACAUGGAAAUGAGCACGGGGUGUAUUUGGUGAGAGAAAUGCAGAAACAGAAGGUCGAUAAAAUUGGAUCUGUUUCUAUAAGCACUGUCCUGUCAAAUCCACGGGCUGUGGAUGUUUGCAGAAGGUACACAGAAACCGAUCUGAACCGUUGUUUUACAGAUGCAUUGCUGAGUUCUCCCAUUACAGAUUCAACACCCUAUGAAGUGAAGCGAGCUCAGGAGCUGAAUGCUCAGCUGGGGCCCAAAGGAAGCGAAAAGGCCGUGGAUAUGCUCAUAGAUCUCCACAACACCACAUCAAAUGGCCUGUGCCUCAUCUUUUACACCGUAGACUAUCUCAACCUGCAAAUUUUCAAAUACAUACAGAGUAAGAUGCCGUCUGUGCCUGUGAGAGCGAUGCAGCUGGAAAUACCUCUCUCUGACGCCUACUCCUUGGACGCGUUGGGCAAGCAUAGCUUCUCGAUAGAAGUGGGUCCUCAACCCAACGGUGUGCUCAGAGCAGACAUCUUCAACAUAGUGAAGGAGGCGGUGGAUCACACUAUAGCAUGGCUUCAGGAAUUCAAUUCUGGAAGUACUUUUGAGGCAGGCGAAGUGGAAGCAUUCACAGUGGUGAAAAGUGUGGACUACCCACGGGACCCAGUGACCGGUGAAAUAAGUGCUGCCAUACACCCUCAGCUGCAGGACAAUGAUUUCAAGCUUCUCAAGCCAGGCGACCCCGUUUUCUUAUCAUUUAGUGGGGAGACGGUGAAGCACGAGGGAGAAGAACUCUACCCUCUCUUUGUGAAUGAAUGUGCCUACUAUGAGAAGAAGAUUGCCUUCCAUUUAGCUCAGAAGCGCACUUUUAAGUUCCCGUCUAUACGCAUGAAGAAAGACUGAGAACAUAGCAAGACAUCAGGACCAAGAUAUACUCACUUUACAUUACGUGUGAUCUAAUCAUCUCAAAUCAGCAAAUGCACUAUCCUAAUUCAGUUUUGAAUAAAUAUUUAAAGGUGUUACAACGGUACGAGUACUUCCUGCAUUGCAAUUCGGAAAUUCUACAACAUUGCUGCCUCUGUGAGGUGUAAAAGGAAGCUCGUUUGUAGCACCAGAGUUGUUUUUUUUAACCUGAAACAGUGAUACUGCACAAGCUCUAGAGUUAAAUUCUCCACCCACACUGUAUCUUUUUAGAAUUAAUUUGCUUGAUCAGAUCAUGACUUAACUUUUUGUACUAUGGCAAUAAUGCACAUUACACAACACUUUAAAUAUCAAUUCACCACAUUACACACUGUGGUUUGACUCAAAUUGUGUCAUUAACAAGUUUUUAAAAAGCUAAUUUCCAACAGAUCUGUUCAAUUUGUCAAAGGAAAUAAACGUUCUUAAGGCAGAUAAGUAAAAGCAUUUAUUUAGUUAAACAUGUUAAGGGUUUGUGGAAUGGCUUCUUCUUGUGGUCCGAAUCGAGGUGGAGAUAUUAAGUACAGACUGUGUGCACUUUGAAUAACUUUGUCUUCAUAAUACACACUAAGUGAAUCCAUCCCAAUGAAAUGACCAACAAACAAAUUAAGAAAAUUAUUAAUAUGAUUGCAACUGUGAAGUGUGAAAAGGUCAAAUAAACUGGCACAUGAAAUUAAUUAUUAAACACAACUAAGGGAAACUUUGUAUUUAUUCAAUAAAUUCAGAUUUCUGUAACUGAA